AUGUUAAGUUCGAACGAAUUUAUACGACUGCUCACAAUUCCGACGCAACUGGAGGGAUCGCGAACGCCGCUUCUAGACUUGCCUUUAAGACAACGCCUGCCGGUCGCGUCACCGGUGAGGAAUCACCCAUCAUCGCCGCACAUACUAGAAAACCCAUACCCGUCGUACCGGGUCGGCAUUUUUCGCAAUCGAGGUCUUUCUGGAAUACGCAUCGCGACUUCCUCUUUCAGGCUUUUCUUUAGUGAACGCCGCCCGGUCGCCGUCACCGACGAUGAGUCACUUAUCAUCGCCGCACAUACUAACACCCAUAGGCGUCGUACCGGGGACACUGUUAAGUUUAACUCAAGAAAAGAAAAUAAACCGACAAAAAUGACUCUGAGCCAAGUACAGGAAUUCUACAAAAAUCAAACCGUCUUUAUAACCGGGAGUACUGGCUUGUUGGGAAAACUCGUUCUUCGGAAAUUGUUAACCACAUGUGAUCCGAAGAAAAUCUAUCUUCUUAUUAGACAACACAAAGGAAAAUCGGUGGCGGAAAGACUUGAGACACUCCUAGACAGCGCUGACUUGAGACGGGAUGAAUCGGAAUUCAAAGGGAAAAUUUUUGCUAUCAAAGGAGACUGCGGUUUACCUGGACUGGGAAUAUCACAGGAUGAUAGAGAGACUCUAGUGAAUGAAACGACUUGUAUUAUUCACAUUGCAGCUACUAUAAAAUUUAACGAGCAUUUAAGAUUGGCUGGAUAUGUUAAUGUUCGUGCUGUGCAGGAUCUCCUCAAUUUGGCUAAAGAAGUUCCAGACUUAAAGGCUAUGGUGCACGUUUCUACAGCUUACUCAAACUGUAACCAAAAAGAUUUAAUAAAAGAACAAUUCUAUGAGCCUGGAAUGACCGCCACAGAGCUCUGGAAAAUGCUGGAGUCAGUGGAUGAUGAAACAGUAACAAACAUCACUCCAGAAGUUCUAGGUUCUUGGCCCAACAGCUACACAUUCACCAAAGCUGUGGCCGAAAAUGUUAUCAAAACCGAAGCUCAAGAUAUGCCAAUUUGUAUCGUCAGGCCGGGGAUUCUGAUGGGCGCCUUCCAAGAACCUGAACCAGGUUGGCUGGAUGCAAUUGAAGGUAUCAGUGCUUUUCUUAUAGGGACGUAUCUAGGUUUGAUACAUUGCCACCUAGCCGACACUAAACCUAUAUACCUGAUACCGUCUGAUUACACAGCAAAUAUUAUUUUGGCGGCUGGGUGCCACGCAACAGAGAAAAGUUCCCCUCCACCGAUCUACAACUACACAGGUUCUGAGAAAAAUCUGUUAACGAAAAGUAAACUCUACGAGUAUGGGAAACUAUCAACAAAAGUCUACCCCAGUGUACACGCCGUCAAUGCAUGCCUCUUGAUUUUUACCAAAAACAAGUACUAUCUUAAGUUCCUCCAGUUCUGGCUUCAUCUCGUACCAGCGUAUAUAGUGGAUCUGCUUUGCUUGUGUCUUCGAAAAAAACGAAGAUUCGUCAAAAUGUACCAAAAAGUACACAGAAUGUGCGACGAAUUAGCGUACUUUAAUGUGAAUUUUUGGAAAUAUGAAACAACUAAUUGCGAAACGUUGUGGAAAGCCUUGGAGGAAAAAGAUCGAGAAUUAUUUCCGUUCAACAUGGAGAACUUAGAUUGGUGGAGUUUUUUCGAAAAGUGUGCAAUAUAUGCAAGGAUUAAUUUGUUGAAAGAUCCGAUGCACACUUUACCCCAAGCCAAACGAAAACGAAAAUUCAUUAUAUUCUUAUAUUAUUGCCUUACUUUUGCACUUGUGUAUGUCGUGUGGUGGAUGAUUUGA